AACUCCUGCGGUUUCUGUCUAACCCAGCAAACGCGCUUCACGCGAAAGAAGGACACCUCAGAGCUACAGAGAGGACAUUUAACAUUUUGUUUUAUCAACACUUGCCUUGACUUUGUUCCGUGUUUGUGGAUGAGGCGCUUAGAACGGGAGAAAGUCAACGUCGCAUGCACGUUUUCCUCAAAACAGUUUUUGACGAUCGGAAACACUGUCUCUUGGGAAGCUGUACAUGUCUGAGAGAACAUCGAGGCGAAGGAGAGGGGGGGGGGGAAAAAUGAAAUUUCUCACCAGUGUGAGUUACCGCCACGCUCACCAGAUGUGUACGUGUUCAUCGGAGGCCAUCAGAAGCUGAAGACAGGUCGUUUUUUUAUAAGUGCAAGUGACCCCUCGGAGCUGCCACCAUGGCCCUGGUUCAGGCUCUCCCCAUAUCUGCUGAGCCUCACACCCCCAGCCACAGUGGAGGAGCUCGCCGACGACACCAGUCUGGCCCUUCACCCCCCAUCCACCUGCCGCCACCCAUUCUGGACCCAAUGGGCUCAGGCAGUAGCCUCGUCACCACACGUCCCAAUCCCUACCAGGACGCCCGCUCUGCUGUAGAGCUGGGGGGCAGAGGUCGGCGGCCAACGCCAGGGGCUUCCUGCUUAGGCUCCGAGUCACCCAGAGACCCACUGCUGCAAAACGUCCCACCGCCGAAGAAACAGAACUCCACAACAUCUGGCAGAGGACUGGAGAAGGAGUGUCGGAACGGGAACUAUACUUAUCUUAAUGAGGACUAUGUGGGGGACUGGAACGACAACCUUGUUAGACCUCCGAGCCUGGAAAGCGAGCUGGAAGAGACUAAAGAGGGUCUCGGGUUGAAUGGGAACGUGGGGGGACCUCCUCCGAGACUCAUCCCAGUGUCAGGAAAACUGGAAAAGAACAUGGAGAAAACAGUGCUGCGGCCCACUGCCUUCAAACCUGUCAUUCCCAAGAGCCGCUCCGCCAUGCAGUAUCUCUCCCCUCGCCACGGUGCCAGUGCCCCUGAAGGCCAAAACAACCUGAACCUGCUCAGCCCUGCCAACAGGGAGGUGUCCCCGUCCUGCUCUGAGAAACGCAGCUCCUACAGCGGCGGUCGCAACGCCAGCAGCGGCAGCAGCCAGUCUUGCUCGUUGUCCGACUCGGGCCGCAACUCCCUCUCCAGCCUGCCGCCUUACAACGGUGCCACCUACAGUGUUGCGUCGGCCGAGGUCCCUGCAGGUCACCUGGAGCCCAUAAGGAGCGUCCCAUCGGUCGGCACGCACGGACACACCAACUCAGACAGCGGCCGCUCGUCCUCCAGUAAGAGCACGGGCUCUGGCUCCAUAAGCGGCCGGGGUCAACCUCUGUCCGACAGCGGUUCCGGCGGACGCUCCCCCGGCCCCGUGGAGGGCUACGAGGGCGUGGUGAGGGACCUGGAGGACAAACUGAGAGAGAGGGAGCUGGAGCUGCAGCAACUCAAAGACAACCUGGACGAUAAUGAAGCUGCCAUUUGUCAGGUUUACGAGGAGAAGCAGAAGCGCUUUGAGUUGGAGCUGGAGGAGCUGAGACAGAGCUGUGCCACCAGGAUGCAGGUGGCGUCUCAGAAGGCCCAGCGUGCUCAACAGGUGCUGCAGCUGCAGGUUUAUCAGCUCCAGCAGGAGAAGAAGAAGCUGCAGGAGGACUUUGCUCAACUCUUAAAGGAGAGGGAGCAGCUGGAGGAGCGCUGCACCUCCUAUGAACACGAGAAGAUCCAGCUGGGGCCUCGGCUGGAGGAGACCAAGUGGGAGGUGUGUCAGAAGUCGGGGGAGAUCUCCCUGCUGAAGCAGCAGCUGAAGGAGGUGCAGAGCGAGUUGGCUCAGCGCGUGGGCGAGAUCGUCUCUCUGCGAGGUCAGCUCAGAGAGACUCGCGGUGAGCUCACCAACACUCAGGUGCUGCUCCAGGAGGCCCACGGCACGACGCGCACGCGGACCAUGGAGCUGGAGGUGUGCGAGAACGAGCUUCAGCGUCGAAAGAGCGAGGCGGAGCUGCUCAGAGAAAAGGUGGGGCGCUUGGAAGGAGAGCUGGCUCACCUCAAGGACACCCUGGCCAAUCAGGGCCCAGGAAACAGACAGUGCCAGGUGUUCCAGGAAGCCGAGGAGCACCUGCUCGCCUACGAAAGCGACGAGGCGAAGGCCCAGCGGCAGAGCAGCGCCGAGGCGCUGCAGGGCAUGAAGGCGCAGAUGGAAGGGUUGAAAUCGGAGUUGGCCUUCGAACGCAAGAAGGUCGAACAGCAAGCAGGCGGCUUUGAGGAGGAGAGGCGGAUAUGGCAGGAGGAGAAGGACAAAGUGAUCCGCUACCAAAAACAGCUGCAGGAGAACUACGUGCAGAUGUAUCGCAGGAACAGAGAGCUGGAGCAGCUCCUGCAGGAGCUCAGCCUGGAACUGGAGAGCAGAGAGGAGGACGAGGGCAGCGGCAACGAGAUCAACUUUGAUGAGAUUGCUGCAACAGAAAUCUGAUCCUCAUAGAUGUCCCUUUUUUUUUAUUUUAUUUGCACUACAUUUAACGCCCCACCUCCCUUCCCCUGAAGCAAUAUCUUGUGUUCUUUAUGUGACUAACAGCUGUGACGACUGUCGCACUUGAGAGUUGUCGACCUUUAAAUGUCAUUAACCACAUCGGCUCUCUGCUCCUCCUACAUUAGAGGCUGCCACUGCACUGAUGAGACGGCCGAGUCCUGGUGAUAUUUCGCACCUUUAGGAGUUUGUGAGUAACUUCGGUCAACGUUCGCCACCAUCCUCCUCCUCCUGUCCUGGUUCUGACCGCAGUAUCCCUGCUGGGUUUAUCGUUGCACUCCCACUCUGUCCACAGUUUCACUGAUACGGUUGACGUGUCAACCACAGAUUCAUUGUGUCAUGGUAAGAUUUAGGUGUUAACGUCUUUGAGAAACUGGAUGGUGGCAGAGUUCAGAUCAUUUUUGUUUUUACCUAAACUACAUUCGCGGACAGCCAUAAAUCCGCUGAAAGAGUCUGUACUAUCCCUGUAGCAACAAAUUAGCAUUGAGGUUCUGAACUAUAUUAUGAAACAAAACCUACAGUAAGUAACAUUGACACCUUCCAUUAAAGACGCACCGGUUUCCCUUUUCCACCUUUACAUACCAACUUAAAAAUAAUCUCACCCAUAGAUUACCCAGUUACCUCUGAGUAAUGGUCAAAAGUUCUUUUGGCUUUUUCGCAGCAUAAAUUACACUGUUCUAAAUAACACCACUUGCUUUACGGUAUACGAGCCUGGCAGCAAGUUUCAAUGCAUGUUCCCGUUUGAUCUCCCUAUUUAUCGUUGUGGCCUCGAGAUAUGCAGCUGCCAACGUGAGUUUAAUCUGUUCAGGCUUGUUUUGAUCUUUAAAGCCAGUAUGCAAGCUAAGCUGAACUGCUUCCUGAUGAGAAAAUAUGAAUGGAUGUCAGUUAAGAUAAAGAGUCGGGCAGAAAUUACAGUGGUCAUCAUACACCAUUAGAUGCAGUGCUUUGCAGAAGUGUUCACUCCUCCAUAUUUUGCCAUGUCAUCGCCACAAACGUCAUUGGACUUUAUUGGGAUUUUGUGUGGAUGACGAAUUGAACAGCAUUCGUCAACGAAGGCGAUGUCUGAAGGCAAUUCGUUGCGCUAGAUUAUUUUUAGGGGUAUCAGAGUAAAGCUGUCCGUAAAUAAUUGUUUAAAAACAUGCGUCAUAUGCCUUCCACUUAUGCGCAACAUUGUGCUCAUCUGUCACCAAAAAAACCCUCAUAAAAUAGAUGAAAGUUUGUGGUUGAAACAUGACAAUGUGGAAAAAGUUGAAGAGGUGUGAAGUCUUCGGCAAAGCACGGGAUAAAAUGUAAGCAGAGUUCAGUAAACCUUCUGCUUGGUGACGCGAAGGGCUCAUUGUUCUCUAGCAAGAGUAAAGAGAAGCAUGUUUCAGCACUAAGCCACAUUAGAGACAGCAUCGGCUUCUAACCAGGAAAAAGUUGUCGUUUCCUCUAUUUUUCUGGGAUGUUAUUAGAUUUGUUGUUUACGUCCCUGAAACGGAGAGUUCUUGCACUGACGAAUGUAUUUGGACUACUCGCUUCCUCCACUGAUCUUUAACGUUUUAGUUCCACUAAACCAGAAGUCCAAAUGUUUUUGUUUUAUCAGAUCUUUCGCAAAUAGGGUUUAUAUAUCGUCUUUUUGCUCCCACAGGCGUCUGCCUGUCCCCAUAAAUAAAAAAACAUAACCACUGUGAAUAGACCAAAGCAAUGUCCAACAUGUCUAUUUUCCUCAAACAGAUACAAAGCUUGGUUUAACCGUUCGUGUGAAUUUUUGUUCGUUUCCUCACUAUAAAUUUUAUAACCUUCAAUAUUUGUAUGAAGACAUUAAAUGUAUAUUUUCAUGCUGUACAUUUCUUGAACAAAACCAAUAUGGUUUUAAUUAAAAUAUGAUUUAAAAU